GCCGCCGUUUUAAUUCAUUAUCACGUAACACUCAAACUUCUUCAACUUACCACCAGCCAGCCUACUAGUUUAUAACGUAAAUGAAGCCUUCACCAUUUCUCAUCGCCUCUCGUGUCUGUAAAACCUUGUAUGAAUCACUGUAAUUUCAUCAAGUAAAAUGUCUUCUGCUCAAGAAGUUUCUCUGCAGGUGACUCAGGAGAGUACAGAGCCGGAGCUUAUGGAAACUGGAGCUACAUUGAGCAAGACAUCAGAUGAUUCUGAGAAUGUGGAGUUUGUUUGGAAAGUUCAUGGAUUCCCUGCUUUAGGGACUGGGAUAGUAAGAUCAGAUAAAUUCAAAGCGGGAGAUUUCAACUGGAGAGUGCUUCUUUAUCCAAGAGGAUGUAAGGGCCAGGGCGAUCAGGUGUCAGUAUUACUAGAGCUUUCUCAAGAGGAUAUUGACAUGACAAGUGGAUGGCCAGUGUUUGUCAAGUGCUACUUUGGAGUGUUUAAUCACACGGGACAGAAAAUCACUAUUUAUAAACAAUACAGACAUCAGUUUUCUCCAAACUCUACUGAUUGGGGAUUUGGUUCAUUUGCUUCCUAUAAUGUUGUUUGUGAUCCUGCAAAUGGUUUUCUGUGUGAUGAUGCUUUAACUGUGAUAGCAAAGGUACAAAUAUAUGCGGAUUUCUCAAUUUUUGAUUCAAAGGAAGAGAUUAGUCUUGUUGGCCUCAAGAAUCAAGGAGCAACAUGCUAUUUGAAUUCAUUGCUGCAAACGUUGUAUCACAUUCCAUAUUUCAGAAGGGCAGUGUAUCACAUGCCAAUGGAAAAUAUAUCUUCAACCAGAAUUCCUCUCGCUUUGCAGCACCUGUUUUAUAAUAUGCAGAGUAGCAAUGAUAGUGUAUCGACAACAGAACUUACAGAAUCAUUUGGAUGGAGUAUAUAUGACACAUAUCAGCAGCGUGAUGUGCAAGAGUUCAACAGAAUAUUGUGUAAUAAGUUAGAAGAGACAAUGAAGGGAACAUCAGUUGAAGGAACUAUUCAAAAACUAUUUGAAGGACACCUAAGGAAUUGCAUAGAGUGCAUUGGUAUGGAUUAUAAAUCUACUAACCAAGAGAGAUUUUAUGAUCUUCAGCUUGAUGUCAGGGGCUGCAUGGAUGUUUAUUCUUCUUUAGAUAAAUACAUUCAAGUUGAGAAACUUGAAGGUGACAAUCAGUACAAAGUAGAGAACGUUGGCUUCCAGGAUGCUCGAAAGGAGACACGUUUUGCUGAUUUUCCCCCUAUACUACAACUUCAUUUAAAACGCUUCGAAUAUGAUAAUACCAGAAAUUUGUUGGCAAAGAUCAAUGAUAGGUAUGAGUUCCCAUUGGAACUUGAUCUGGAUAAAGAUGAUGGUCGAUAUCUUUCAUCUGAUGCAGAUAGAAGUGUGCGGAACCUUUAUUCUCUGUAUAGUGUUUUGGUUCACAGUGGAGGAGCCAAUGCUGGACAUUAUUAUGCUUUCAUCAGACCUCUCUUAUCUGAGCGAUGGUAUAAAUUCAAUGAUGAAUGCGUAACAAGGCAAAGCUUGGAAACAGUUUUAGAUGAGCAAUAUGGGGGAGAAGAGGAAAUAUCUCAGAAAAAAGUUGGCGAUAAUGAGACAGUUUCAUUCCCGCGACAUUCAAGUGCCUAUAUGCUAGUUUAUGUCAGGGAAAGUGACAAAGAUACGAUAAUGUGCAAACUAGAUGAUGAGGAUAUCAUAGAACUCUUAAAGGAGAAUGAUCGGAAACAGAGAGAGAGAGAGGAAGUUCAUUUUCUUAGAAAUAUAAAGGAGAAUGAUUGGAAACAGAGAGACAGAGAAGAAGUUGAUAUUCUUAAAAAAAUAAAGGAUACAAUGGAAGAACAGGAGAAUUAUUUGAAGCAGAGGCACAGAAAGGAAGUUUCACCAUAUACAAAUAUAAAGGUGGUGUGUGACACUCAUCUACAAACACAAAUUGGAAAGGAUGUAAUUUUUGAUCUUGUUGAUUUUGACAAAGUUAAUACUAUUAACUUUAAAAAUAGCAUGCCACUCUCACAAAUCAAGGACCAUUUUGCCAAGGAAUUUUUUAUUCCUACCAAUUGUCAGAGAAUUUGGAUUUGGUCUAAAAGGAAAAACAACACUUGGCGUCCUAGAAAAGCAUUAACCUCUGUGGACGAAGUAUUAACUAUUGGAGAUCUGAAACAUUAUAGUGGUGGCUCUGAAGUAAGACUCUUUUUGGAGAAACAAAACGUUCAGGAAGAGCAGAUAACAUUUUCCCCAUCUGCAAUCGCAAGGGAAGUUAUACUACUAUUUUUUAAGCUUUAUGAUCCAAAUGAAAAGGGGCUUCGAUACAUUGGAAAACAACAUGUUAAGCAAGACAGCAGGCCCAUGGAAGAUCUAGAUAAGUUUAAAGAAAUGGCAGGGCUUGAAACAGGUGAAGAAGUGGUGCUGAAUGAGGAGCGUAGCUUUAUUCCUAAAGUUCAGUGUGUACAGGUUAACAUAUUGAAAACUUAUAAGGAAAAUGAGCUUCAAGAUGGAGAUAUUAUAUGCCUACAAAGAUCUGUAAUGGAGGAUGACAAGGAUGAGCUUCAUUCCAUUGAGAAGUAUUUUCACCAUGUCAAAUAUUACAAGGACGUGCACUUCCGGAAAUUGGAUAAUCCAGAAAAAGAUGUGGCUUGCUUGGAAUUGAAUACUUUGAUUACAUAUGAUGAACUUGUGAGGGUUUUAGUUUCACAUUUGAAACUAGAUGAUCUAUCUAAGAUCAGAUUUACCCCACACAAUGUUUUUACUGAACAACCUGGGGAUCAACCUAUAAAGCGUCUGAGUGUAGAAUCUCUCAAGGAGAUGCUUCUUUAUCACAAUCAGAUGUCAAAUAUACUGUACUACGAAAUACUUGACAUGCCUCUUUCUGAGUUGGAAAAACUGAAAGUCAUUAAAGUGUCCUUUUACAACUCGAAAGUACAGGAGGUAUCUUCUAAUACCAUAACGCUUCACCACGAAUGUACUGUGAACGAUGUCAUGGGACACAUAAGGGAAAAGGUGGAGAUGUCUGAUCAACAGGCUGAGCUCAGGAUUUUGCAGAUUAUUGGUCACAAGAUAUGGAAGAUCCUUUCUCCUAAUGAUAAAAUCAAGUACAUGGUUAGUCAACAUGCCACAUUCAGAUCCCAGUGCGUCACAUUCAGAGCAGAAGAGAUCCCAGAAGAGGAAAGAAGUAAAGGUCCCGAGGAUUGUGUCAUUCAUGUGCAUCAUUUCAGACAAGAUCAAAACAACAACAUUGAGAACUUUGGGGAGCCAUUUCUAUUCUUAACAAGAUCGGGCGAGACAUUGGGUCAACUGAAGCAGCGUGUCAAGAAAAAGUUACAAGUGCCAGAUCAUCAAUUCUCAGAGUUCAAGUUUGCAUCUGUCCAUCUCAGUCAACCAGCAUAUCUCAAUGAUGAUGAUGAUGUGAACUUGUUUAAGAGACAGGCAAUAUAUGGCCCAUGGGAAUUUUAUCUAGGACUGCAGCACGAUGAUAUAGUUUAGAACAGCUUCAACCAAAUCAGAUAUAUUUUGACAAGUUAUAUCAAUAACAUGAAAAUAGUUCAUGGAUCUGAUGAACUUUUGACAAGCCUAUGGAGAUAUACAAUUAAACAUGGAUCAGCAAUUUAUUUCCGAAGAAGAUACAUGGUCAACCUGUAAACAUGUUGCCCAACAAGCAAAUAUCAGAUUUCAUGAGACAUUCAUUCAGAUACCUUAAUUGUCAAGUUACAUGCGCUUCAACAAAAGGCAUCAACUUGGAAACUUGUCAUUUCAUAAUUCAGGGUACAGUCGUGAGAGAGUAUGCCUGAUACAGAUCACAUAUAUUUGAAUUUGGUUUUCUGUCAAGUAUAUUUGCCAUUUUGAAGGCAGUUGCAAAUGGAUCGGAUUACCAACUUCAAUGAAGGAGCUAUAAUGGCUUUUUUAUUUCUGUUCAUUCUUUAAGUCUACUAGUGGCACAAAAUAGCAUGGAAUGCCAAAGUUCAGUUUUGUGUAGUUAAAAUCUCCUUGGGUUUCUCUUAUACCCUAUAAUUGCUUUAAUUAACUGAAUAAUGCACUUUGUAUUUUUCACCAGAUUACCAUCUAAAGAAGUGAUAAUUUUUUA